UAAAUGGUCCUCGGUUAUUCUUUUCCUGUUCAGUGGACGAAGUGGUGUUUUUGUGGGGAAAUGUGAUGCAGCCGAACAGCACUCGAGUUCCUGUAAGGAAGACUUGUUGGUUGCUCCAGUUUAGGGUAUAGUUUACUACGCUGUAGUACCGGUUCCGUGUUUACAUUAUCUGUUUUAGAACGGUACUGGUAAUCAAAGGAGAUGUCAUCCGAUUUCGAGACCUAUGAGCAAGAUUUUGGGACUCUGACAGCUGAACUUACUAGUAAAAUUGGAAAGAUCCCUAAGCUCUCUGGAGAUGAAAAGAAACACUUGGUUGUAAAUGUCGAAAAACAGAUGGAAGAAGCAAGAGAGCUGCUGGAGCAGAUGGACCUUGAGGUUCGAGAUAUCCCUACCCAGAGUCGAGGCAUGUAUAGCAACAGGAUGAGAAGCUAUAAACAGGAGAUGGACAAGCUGGAGACUGAUUUCAAAAGGUCACGGAUCGCCUACAGUGAUGAGGUGCGGAAUGAGCUCCUAGGGGAUGAUGGGAAUUCCUCUGAGAGCCAGUUGAUAAAAUUACGCGAAGAGAGAGCACAUCUGCUUGAUAAUACAGAAAAGCUGGAAAGGUCGUCUAGAAGACUUGAGGCUGGGUACCAAAUAGCAGUCGAAACUGAGCAAGUAGGUCAGGAGAUCCUGGAGAACCUUAGCCAUGAUAGAGAGAAGAUUCAGCGAGCUCGAGAACGGCUGAGAGAAACUGAUGCAAACCUCGGGAAGAGUUCAAGGAUUCUGACAGGAAUGUUACGAAGGACAUUUCCACCAUUUUGAAAGCCAUAUAAAUAAAGACAAAUUAUUCGAACAAGGAUCAUUCAGAACCGUAUCCUGCUGUUUGUCCUGGGGGCGGUCAUUCUUUUCACCAUUAUACUGGCUAUUUAUUUUUCUGUCAGGAGACACUAAUAACUUAGGUACUUCUCUGAUAACUAGCAGCAGACUGCUUGUUUGGAGUAAUUAAGACAAAGUGACCACAUGAAUCAUUCUGUUGCACUGUCAGAAUUACCCCUCCUCCGCACACUGCAACUCAGGUGCAAAUAGUGUAACUGAUGUCUUUUUUUUGCAUGCCUUUUGCCCAUUUCUUGCUGCUGUGAAAGAGUACAUCUGCAAGAUGCUAACAAACAUUCUUUGUCUGAGGUCUAAUUAUAACAGAAGUGGGUGUAAGAAAGAAUCGUUUGCUGGAGACCCUGUCUUAAAAACAAAUCUGAGAAACUCUUGUCCACUGAAGCCUGAACUCCUUAAUCUAAAGCUAAGAGAAUGAAAUGGGAUCACUUUGUACACAUUUUGUCACAGUGUUUUGUCAUGAUGAUGUGUUCUGCUGAUUCUGUGAUGGGGUAGAAAAGCAUAUGCCAGAGGAGAGCCACCUUUGAAGAUUUUUAUAUUAUAUUUCAACAUGAAUAAGACUGAUUUAAAAUUUAAUUGUGUGUUUCAAUCCUAACCUAGCACCCUGAAAAGAACAUCAUUAAAACUAAAUUAUUGCAUUAUCACAGGGCAUCCCUUAAUGCUAGUGCGUAAUGUGUUUGUCAUUAGUAGCAUAUAGUUUUCCUUGUGAUAUUUUAUUUUCAUAGAGAACAAUAUUUUCACUUAUAGUGAGAUUCAUAACAGUAGUGCUAUCUGUAAUGCCUGACACUCCAUAAAUGGACUUGUGCUACAGUAUUUAUAGUACUUUUUAACUGUAGUAGCUUUUGGGCUGGUAUUCUUUCAGUGUAAAAUGUUCAUGCCUUCUGUAUUCUGCUUUUACAGUACUUUAGUAACAUUUCUUAGCAGUUUAAAAAAAUAACUUUAUAGUUCUGUGAUGUGACUAUUUCUUGUCUGUGUGUAUAUGUUUGAACAUGAAUACAAGCACUGAUAUCUAGGUCUAUUUUUUUUUGUUUAGUCUCCUCCCCCAGCAAUUAGUAAUGCAUUGUAGGAGCUCAGGAUUGGAGAGUAUAUUAUUAAUAUGCAUUAAACCCCUUUCUUAAACAAUACAUGAAGAAUUCAAGGCCCAAACCGCACACCUAAAUUACACACAUGGCUAUGAGUGUUCAAAAGUACAGUCAGACAAAGCAGAAAUUGUAGUCUGAUCUGAGAAUGUAAAACAGGUAGACAGAAGAGAGCGCAAGAUAAUUGUGUAAAACUACCAUGAUAGAAGUAUAUUUGGUUUAUUGAUUGCUGCUAGUUAAACUGAGACUUUCAGAAAAAAAAAAUGCUGUCACAUGUAUCUGUGUGUGUGUGUGUGUGUGUGUGUGUGUGUGUGUGUGUGUGUGUGUGUGUGUGUGUGUGUGUGUGAGAGAGAGAGGAGAGAUAGUGUCUUACAUCCAGCGAUUUAGUUAUGUUUUAAGUUAUUUUGGCCUAGAGACAGACAUUUUUGUAUAACUGUUCCAUUAGGCCACAGUGAGUGCACAAUGCAUGUCUUAUUUUGCUGUUGAGCGGGGGGACCUAGGGUCAGACAGCCUAUAUCACAUCCCACAGGAGUGCUUUUGCACCUAACCUAUGUGAACUACUGACACUGGCCUCAGACUGGCAAUUUCUAGCCUGCAUCUGUAAACCCAUUAAACUACAGAAAUCAGGGAUGGGGGGACAGAGAGAGAAAGAAGAAAAUAAAAUAAUUCUUAUUGUUUUACCUUGGUGAUUUGUUAUACAAAUUGAGUAGACAGCAAAGUAAGAUUAUGUGACUUAUUUCUGUACACAGUAUGUUUUGACAGAAUUGUUCUAACUGAAUAAAAUAAAAAAUGUAAAGCUGAUUAACAAAA